CGUGAUAAAUAUUGAAGCUCUUACAAAAAUAACUCCACGUGCAUAUGUUUAUGACUUACUGCAUUUCCUUUACACUCUUUCUUUGAGAAUUAAGCCUUUCGAGUUUGUUGCCGUUGUUAUUCCAGUGGUUGUACUUUGAAACAGUUUGAGAGAAAUUAAUUAUGGUGACUAAACAAGAUGAUUCGUCAUCAACAUCACUGCCUGCUUCGUCUUCUCGCCGCGCAAAAUCUCCCAAAAAUGUCCGCCACCUCAAGACCAACGUCGGCUGCAUGUCCGGCAUUUUCCGUUUUGUUUACGGUUACAGCAACCGCCGCGGGGGAAAAUUUAUCACUUCUGGGAAAAAGCAGGAUAAGAAUUCGAUUUCUUCGUCAUUAGAAGAAGAGAAUAAAAACACAAAUGGUCAGCCGAUAUCCUCGCACAGUGUGCCAGGGGAUCCAGCUUCACCGGCGGAGAUCCGGCUGUCAAACGCCGUGAAGUCACCGGAGAACAUGCGAAGUACUCCGCCGUCCGCUGUUUUGACGGAGGAAUCAGCGGCGGAGAAGAGGAGGAAGCUGCUUGAGGCAUUGGAGAAAUGUGAUGAGGAUUUAAGAGCUCUUAAGAAAAUCAUCGACGUUGUGAAGAGCAGUGUUGGUACUAUCGCAGACGAAGAAAACAAUACUAAUAACGACAACAACAAAAAUAAUGAUGAGAAAUUUGGCGCUAGAGAUAACAAGUGUUUGGAGCUUAACGGAGACCUGCAACCGAGUCCGGUGUCCGUACUUGAAGACUUCAUGACGCCGGCUAGUCUGCUAAGCGGCUACUCUCGCCGUUACACAAACGGACGAGUAAUACAGCAACAGAUAAAGCUGCAGAAGCCGAAGAAAAAGCCAGGAGAAGAUGAUGAAUUGAGCAGCAUAUGUUUAACAAGAGUUGAAAGUAGUGGUAUUGAUUAUCAAGAGAAGGUAAAAUCACCUUUGUGGGCGAGCAAGGCAAUGAUAGAGAGCGUAAAUGAAGUGUGUAAAGACAUUGAAUGGGGUGAGAAGAGAGAAAUUGGAAGAAUCGGACUGGCUUUACAAGAUCGUAUUUGCAGAGAUUUGGUUGAAGAGUUUGUUGGAGAACUUGAAUGUUUUCCCAUCUUUUCACUUCCUUUUGAGGCUUGUAAGAGGAGUCUGCGCUUCUAGCAAGGUAAUAUUUUACUUUGUUUGUUUAUCAAUUUAUUCUUUCUCGCCAUUUUUUAUAUGAGAAGAUCUGUUAUACUUUGAAUUUGAGUUUCCAAUUUCUAGACUUGUAAAAAGUUGAAGGGGCAUAUAUCAUAUAUGAAUUCAAAUUGUCUUCCAUUUCCUUUCAA